GGGGACCCGUUGCGCGUCUGAAGUCGACGGAGCUUAGAAUACCAAAGACACAAUUUACAAUAAAUUACUAAAAAGUAAUUUAACAAGUUAAACUACCCACUUUAACCCAUAGAGAAAAAAAUGCGUGAGUGCAUCUCCAUCCACGUGGGCCAGGCAGGAGUGCAAAUUGGCAAUGCAUGCUGGGAGCUGUACUGCCUGGAGCAUGGCAUCCAGCCUGACGGCAAUAUGCCGAGUGACAAGACCAUUGGUGGCGGGGACGACUCCUUUAACACCUUCUUCAGUGAGACUGGCUCUGGGAAGCAUGUGCCCAGGGCUGUGUUUGUGGACCUGGAACCGGCUGUCAUUGACGAGGUCAGGACUGGAACAUAUCGACAGCUUUUCCACCCUGAGCAGCUCAUCUCUGGCAAGGAGGAUGCAGCCAACAACUAUGCUCGUGGCCACUACACUGUGGGCAAGGAGAUCAUUGACAUGGUCCUGGAGCGUGUUCGCAAACUGACAGACCAGUGCACAGGGCUACAGGGAUUCCUCAUCUUCCACAGCUUUGGUGGUGGUACUGGGUCUGGUUUCACCUCUCUGCUGAUGGAGCGCCUGUCGGUGGACUACGGCAAGAAGUCCAAGUUGGAGUUUGCCAUCUACCCGGCCCCCCAGGUGUCCACGGCUGUGGUAGAGCCCUACAACUCCAUUCUCACCACGCACACUACCCUUGAGCAUUCCGACUGCGCCUUCAUGGUGGACAACGAGGCCAUCUACGACAUCUGCCGCCGCAACCUGGACAUCGAGCGCCCCACCUACACCAACCUCAACAGGCUCAUCGGUCAGAUCGUGUCCUCCAUCACUGCCUCUCUGCGCUUUGACGGUGCCUUGAACGUGGACCUCACCGAGUUCCAGACAAACCUGGUUCCCUACCCCCGUAUCCACUUCCCCCUGGUUACUUAUUCGCCUAUCAUCUCUGCCGAGAAGGCCUACCACGAGCAGCUGUCGGUCUCCGAGAUCACCAGUGCCUGCUUCGAGCCAGCCAACCAGAUGGUGAAGUGCGACCCGCGGCAUGGCAAGUACAUGGCCUGCUGCAUGCUGUACCGUGGUGAUGUGGUGCCUAAGGACGUCAACGCUGCCAUUGCCAACAUCAAGACCAAGCGUUCCAUCCAGUUUGUGGACUGGUGCCCCACUGGCUUCAAGGUGGGUAUCAACUACCAACCUCCAACUGUGGUGCCUGGUGGAGACCUGGCCAAGGUGCAGAGAGCUGUGUGCAUGCUGAGCAACACCACGGCCAUUGCGGAGGCUUGGGCUCGCCUUGACCACAAGUUUGACCUGAUGUACGCCAAACGUGCCUUUGUCCACUGGUAUGUGGGCGAGGGCAUGGAGGAAGGAGAAUUUUCUGAGGCGCGGGAGGACCUGGCAGCCCUGGAGAAGGAUUACGAGGAGGUGGGCACGGAGUCCGUAGACGGAGACGAGGAGGGAGAGGAGUACUGAGCAUCACCCAAACAAGUCACCACCAGUAAAAAGGGAUCACUGUCAUCUGUUUUCUGAACCUGUCCACUAAAAUGUCUUAUACUGUCCCCUUUCAAGGGUCAAUUGCAGAAAACCCACAGGAUUAUCACUGAUCUGUGAGCCAAUGACUGUGCUGGCUAAUGCACAGCUGUCUAGAGCUAUGAUAUCCAUUUGGACUGCAGCAGUCACGGUUUAUUUUGUUUUGAGCACUGUCUGUACCAAAGGGAUCACCUAUAGUUAGCUAGUACAUUUCUCUCUGUAUAUUGCAAUUGACCCUCCUCUGCAUUUGUAUGAAUAAAGUCUGUGAAUAAAAUGCUCAUCCUCCUCGUU